GGCUAGCAUAGUUAGCGACUUAGCUUCCAGCAGCUGUCGUUGGCAGGCGGGCAGGCUUCAUAUUAUAGCCGAAGUCGUCGUCGUCCGCAACUUUCACAGCUCGAACUCGAAGGAAGCCGCGGACGUGAAGAUUUUUGGCUCCUACCGCUCCCCUUGUGCUCUCCGAUACCUGUGAACCGAAUCGUCUCCGCCCCGACCAAGGAAGAAGCCCUGGGACAUGGCCAGACCAGAACAAGUCCUGGUGCUGGAGCCGCAACAUGAACUGAAAUUCAGAGGACCUUUCACAGAUGUUGUCACCGCCACCUUGAAGCUCACCAACCCCACAGAAAGAAAUGUGUGUUUUAAAGUUAAGACAACGGCGCCUCGCCGUUAUUGCGUUCGCCCCAACAGUGGUAUCAUUGAUGCCGGAACCUCCAUCAAUGUUUCUGUCAUGCUGCAGCCUUUUGACUACGACCCCAAUGAGAAGAGUAAACACAAAUUUAUGGUGCUGUCCAUGCUGGCUCCCUACGACAUGACUGACAUGGAGAGUGUUUGGAAGGAGGCCAAGCCGGAGGAACUGAUGGAUUCAAAGUUGAGAUGUGCCUUCGAGAUGCCUGUCGAAAAUCACAACGUCGCGCAUGAGUCAGAAAGCUACCACACUGUGGUGUCCUCUACCUCUUCUGUUAAGACUGAGCACACCGCAUUGCCAAAGUCAUCCAGCACCUCGCUGGAUGACGGAGAGGUGAAGAAAAUCAUGGACGAGUACAAGCGACUUCAAGUAGAUGUGCAGAGGCAAUGGGAAGAGAACAAACAGAUAAGGGAGAACGACGGCUUGCGAAAGAGAAAAUUGGCAGGGGCUGCACCAAACUCAUCUGUCAUGGCGUCCUUGGCCACAAAGGACGAAGGCCUGAGCAACCGUGUCCUGGCACUCUGCGUUCUCUUCUUUGUCAUCGGAGUCAUCAUCGGCAAGCUGGUCCUGUAGACGCACAGACUGACUGCACGGUGACGGACGGACGGACAGAUAGAUGGAUGGCCCGUAGCCCGGAAGGAAGCGUGUCAUUGGCGGUGACGUGAGGAGGUCUUCUUGGCUUUACGUUUUCUCUUCUGUUCUUUCUUUUAACAUUCAAGGCAAUAUUGUUCUGGCUUGUCAUGGCAGGGCUAAAAAGAAAUGUCCAAAUGUCUUCUAAGAAAACAUGAUUAUACCUUGAGUUUUCUCUUUAGUGUGUGUGUUAAAUAAUCACCACAUUAAGUACAAUCGGUUGGCUCCGUCCAUUGCUCUCGUUCUCUAAGGAGCUUGCACAGUUAACAGUUAGUGGUGAUGUGGCUAAAGGCUUCCAUUGACACUUAAACGCAUCCACUUGUUUCCUGAUCAUCCACACAGAGAUUGAACACUAGUGACGUGAACGUUUAUAUUCUGGACUUCAUCUUUCCGUAUGGUAAUGUUUGUUGAGGGUGGGUGCGUGCCUGAAAAAGCACAUGUCAAUUUUCUCUGUUAAAGGUUAUCGGGGCUUUUGUUUGGUCUCAGCUACACAACCAUAAAAGAGAAUCUUCUCUAAUUAUAUGUUACUAAGAUGUAUUUGGUUUUCCCAGACUGCACUUUGCCAGCAAUGGCCCUCCACUUGUGUGCUGGAAGAGCAUAGCCGCUUACUCAUUAAGAGCCGUGAACUUCAUGCAAAACCAAUGUGGACGUUUUCAAUAAACACUUGUAUGCAACAGUUGUUCAAAAUGUCU